CGCCCCUUCCUAAGUGGUCAGUUUCUCUUCCGCCCUGCGGGCUCUCCUGGCCCACCACCUGCGUCGGCUGGGACGCAUCCAGGGUCUCUACUCUUCGUUUCCUCCUGCGUCCCCUUCUUCCACGAGCACCCCAGCUUCCUCCGGCUCUCACCUGAACGCCGAAGCGUAGUGUCUUCUCUCUGGACUAAAGCGGAACUGAGAACCGGUGGAAAAGCCCCGCGCCUAGGCUGCAAGGCACUGGCUUAACAAGUCCAGAGGUUAGCUGAAGUUUGGCUGAUAAGCAGAACCAGUAAAAGAAGGUCUCCAGCCCCCCAGCGUGAGUAGAAUGGACCCUGGCAAAGCCCCGCUCCCGGCCCGGGUCUUCUGUUCUCCAGGUCUGCCCCUCCGGCUCUCCCUCUCUCCGGGUUUCCCCCUCCCCACCAUCAUUUGCAUCCAGCCGAAAGCUGGGCCCUUCCCACUAAUUUGCAUAUCUUAUAUGGCCUAAUGGUGGCGAUCAUGGCAAGUUAGAAGUUUUCUGACUCCUCUCGGAGGAGACUCCGGGACCCCGGGGAGUAACAGGUGUCUGGAGGCUGAAGGGUGGAGGGGUUCCUGGAUUUGGAGUUUGCUUGUGAAAAUCCCCUCCACCCUCCUCUCUCGCACCCACCCACGCCCUCACCCCCUUCUUUUUCUGUCCUUGGAAAAUGGUGUCCAAGCUCACGUCGCUCCAGCAAGAACUCCUGAGCGCCCUGCUGAGCUCCGGGGUCACCAAGGAGGUGCUGGUUCAGGCCUUGGAGGAGUUGCUGCCAUCGCCGAACUUCGGGGUGAAGCUGGAGACGCUGCCCUUGUCCCCUGGCAGCGGGGCCGAGCCCGACACCAAGCCGGUCUUCCAUACUCUCACCAACGGCCACGCCAAGGGCCGCUUGUCCGGCGACGAGGGCUCCGAGGACGGCGACGACUAUGACACACCUCCCAUCCUCAAGGAGCUGCAGGCGCUCAACACCGAGGAGGCGGCGGAGCAGCGGGCGGAGGUGGACCGGAUGCUCAGUGAGGACCCUUGGAGGGCUGCUAAAAUGAUCAAGGGCUACAUGCAGCAACACAACAUCCCCCAGAGGGAGGUGGUCGAUGUCACCGGCCUGAACCAAUCACACCUCUCCCAGCAUCUCAACAAGGGCACCCCUAUGAAGACCCAGAAGCGUGCUGCCCUGUACACUUGGUACGUCAGAAAGCAACGAGAGAUCCUCCGACAGUUCAGUCAACAGAGCCAGGGGCCUGGGCAGUCCGAUGAUGCCUGCUCUGAGCCCACCAACAAGAAGAUGCGCCGCAACCGGUUCAAAUGGGGGCCCGCAUCCCAGCAAAUCUUGUACCAGGCCUACGACCGGCAAAAGAACCCCAGCAAGGAAGAGAGAGAGGCCUUAGUGGAGGAAUGCAACAGGGCAGAAUGUUUGCAGCGAGGGGUGUCCCCCUCCAAAGCCCACGGCCUGGGCUCCAACUUGGUCACUGAGGUCCGUGUCUACAACUGGUUUGCAAACCGCAGGAAGGAGGAGGCAUUCCGGCAGAAGCUGGCCAUGGACGCCUAUAGCUCCAACCAGACUCACAGCCUGAACCCUCUGCUCUCCCACGGCUCCCCCCACCACCAGCCCAGCUCCUCUCCUCCGAACAAGCUGUCAGGAGUGCGCUACAGCCAGCAGGGAAGCAAUGAGGUCACUUCCUCCUCAACAAUCAGUCACCACGGCAACAGCGCCAUGGUGACCAGCCAGUCGGUUUUACAGCAAGUCUCCCCAGCCAGCCUGGACCCAGGCCACAAUCUCCUCUCACCUGAUGGUAAAAUGAUCUCAGUCUCGGGAGGAGGUUUGCCCCCAGUCAGCACCUUGACGAAUAUCCACAGCCUCUCCCACCAUAACCCCCAGCAAUCUCAAAACCUCAUCAUGACACCCCUCUCUGGAGUCAUGGCAAUUGCACAAAUGUCCUCUGCAAGCCUGGUGAUGCCUACACAUCACUUACUUUGUGCGCAGCAACAAGGACCGUGUUUUCCACACCAUCAGCCUCUGGGCAGCUGUCGUGGAAAAGCCCAGUGACCUGACAAGCACCUGCGAGAGGUCCCUGCUUACCCGACGGACGUCCUGCUGGCACCUCAGACAAUCCACUCUCAGGAGGCGCAUCCUGAAACCCAGCUUCCCUUCUAUGCAGUAUUGCCACGAUGCCCCUCCCACGAUGUCACGGACUCCUGUCUGUCCUGGAGGUGGGAGACAAGGAACCGCCAAAGAGGAAGCAAGAAAGCCGUACUGUCUACGUUGUGAUCCUUCAUCGAACAAACUGAUGCGAAAACUUGAAUCUGUUACUGAAACGAGGAGAGGAGGACACGUGCUAGUGAACUGAGCCAAACACACUGUAAAUAUCUGCAGACUCCCUCCCCCGCCCCCAUCCCAAAUGAUCUUGAGAUUUCUUUUAAAGAAGUAAAUUUGUCCAAUGGCUGUAAACUAUAAACUACUGUAAUUAAGUGCAAUUUCCCCUGUGUGUCCUCUCCCCUCUGCCCUGUAUAUAAUACUAAAGUGUCUAAUAGUUUUCUUUGUAAAGGUCAGAGUCAAAAUUUCAAAAGUGAUCUGUCCCCUCUCUCUUCCUUCAUGGAGAAACACCCUAAGUGGGAAGUGAAGCCGCUUGUCCCCUCCCUCAGGUCUGGACACUCACGGGGAUGGCAUACCUUGGACUGACUACCAGCUAACUCCAGUCUCCUGACAUUAAGACACACCUCUGGAUCCCUGGAGGGGCUGAACGUAGUGUGUCAGAGUAACGUGCCAGCUUCCUGUGGGUCAGGAGUUCAGCCGUGCACUCCCUAACAAACCCCAGGGCAGGGAAACUGGCUGUUUGAUAGCAGAAGAAAAAGUUGCAGUCUCAGAAAGCCUUCCAUUAAAACAAUUUAUUUUAUCACUA